CACACACACACAGGAAGGAGCUCUAGGACCCAGCGGACACCUUUAUGCUGCUGUGGAUAAAGCGAGGAUGAAAGAGAUGUGAGGCAAGGAGUGUGGUGUUGGCUGAGCUGCGAUGAGGCUGGCUGGAGGCACGGUGACUACAGCAGGGCCAUGGGGACGCUCUAUGUGACUGCAGCUCCACACAACAAGGACUGUCUGCUGGAAAGGGCGAGAGCAACUCUGACCCGUCUCUGCACCAGGGAAGCUGAUGAGGAGAAGUCUAAACCCCAACUUUAAUCAGCAGGAUAAAAGAACGACUGUUUCACAAACCAACUCUUCUGGGAAGUUCAUGCGGGGGGGUUGAAGUCUAGUGUCAACCUGUUGUCGGAGCCUGGGUUGAGUGUAUGUGUGUUGGACUGAUCUGUCUGUGGGCCACGUUCUCUGGACCCCCCGGUCCACUUCUGAAGACCAGCAACUAAGGAAGCCUUGUGGUACGAGGACUUGCAGAGAUCGAUUCCCAAUAACUUUACACCCGAGUAACUGAGAGAAUGGCAGCUCUGGAGAUAGAGACGGCCACAACAGCAAGACUCUGGCUGCUGGGUCCACUGUUUAUUGCAUUGCUGUUCAGUGUUGUACUCGGGGUCAUGACAGAGUUUCUGAAGGAUUGCUGCAGGGAAGCCUCGUCAAAAGGGAAACGGAAAGAUGUCACCCAAGUUCCUUCGGAUCCUGCAGAUCUGUUGUCUUCAAAACUGGAAAGCAACUUGGGGGCCAAGAAGACUGGAUUUAGUGAGGAUAUUUUGCUCUCAAAGCUGCCUCUGAAUGGCAAGGAAGUCCCCUUUGUGGUUCCAAAUUUGAAACCUACCUAUAUACAACCAAACUUCCACUGGAAUUAUGAGGAAACUCUGCCAGGUCUCCCAAGGGCUCAAUAUGUUGAAAGAAAACUGGAGCUGUCCAAAGGUUUGCAUCAUGUGCCAGAUAUUGAUGAUGUCUACAAUCCCAAUUACAUGAUCACUCCCAUUGGUCUAGGAACUGGUAGACAUGUACUACCCAAGGGGAACCCGGUCAGUCCCUAUGGAUCAGCAUGGGAAUUGAGAAGUCCACAACAGAUUAACGCACAAGGUUUAAGCAGUUCCAUGUUGGACCUAUCGUCACCCCAGCGGACACAAAGAUUCAGUUCGACAUCCAGUCUAAACAGCACUGCAUCUUCUUUGCGGGAUUCUUUAGGAAGCACCCGCAGUCUAGAUGGAUACCCUGAUGAAUUUGGAAAACUCAAUUUGAAGCUGAGUUACAGAGCAGACGUGGAACAAAUCUGGAUCACUGUGGUACAGAUUAAGGAUUUGUAUCUGCACUACAAGCCUACAGAGAAGGUUCAGGUGUAUCUUAAGGGAACGUUAACAUUACCAAAACCUGUGCAUUUCAAGUCUUCUAUGAAAGACGGUAACACAGUUUUGAUAUUCAUGGAAACCUUUGUGUUCAAUAUCAAACUGCCCAUUCUUCAAACACACGGCCUGGUGAUCAGAGUGGCCACUCAGCUGCCCCGUAAGAGGAUCAUUGGGGAAUGUGCGAUGUCGCUCAGAGAACUGAGCAAUGUGGAGUCUGACCUCUGGCUGAGUAUUAAUCCACCGUCAAAGAACCCGGUCUCCCAUGCUGUACUCCAUGUGGGAACUUGUUUCCAAGCUGUCAGCAAACGGGUCCAGCUGCAAAUACUGGAGGUGCAGAAUCUGCCAAGUUCCUCGAGUCCUUUGACACAAACAUUCUACGUGAAGAUAAUGAUGGAGUCGAGGGACGGACUGUUUGACAAAAAGAAGACACGCCCUCUGAAAUCUGUGAAUGGCCAGGUGAAGUGGGGGGAAACAUUUCUGUUCCAUGUCGUUCAAAAUGAGUUCGAUCUCCAUAGAGUCAGCUUCACCCUGAAACUCUACAGCAAGAGUUCAGUCAGAAGAAAACAACACUUGGGCCAGGUGGUGAUCGGUUGGAACAGCACGGGAAUGGCUUUGGAGCAGUGGAAAGAUACCAGCGCCAAUCCAGAGAAAGUAGUUAUGAACUGGCACAUCCUGAGCCUAACCUGACCCCACUGCACUGAGCCGAACUGUGCCUUUCCUGGGAAGACUGGAACUGAAAUAUUUACCGUCUUUGAAUUGGGUCUCUCGUAAAAUGAUUUGCAGCAAUCAUUAGGACAAUGUUGCUUUGUUUUGUAUAACCAGGGACUUGGACAAGCAGGGAAUACAAACAAAACUCGUUGGAGCAUAUCACAGACCUGUUUGAAAUUGCCUAGGAUUUAUGAUUAUGGCUUUCCAGUAGUUUGGUUACUAUCUUACCAGUUUGUAUUGUGCUCCACAUACUAGUAUACUAAGUCUUAAUACUUGCAAUUUGUCUUUUUUGUUUCAUGGUCAUCAACUAUUGAUUAACAACAUGUCAAUAAUUAUCUGAUUAAUUUCAGUGCAUUUGAGGGAACUAUUGUAGUUUCUUUGUUAGUAUGUGUAUUUAUUAUUAAUUAUGGCUUUAGAAAUACAUAUUUUACGCCCUGAAUUGGAGCUUAACAACUUGGGCAUUGUCGUGUGACCCUGGUAUUUUUGAGUUCACCAACUUGAAAUUUAUUAAUGAAGGAUAAAAAGUAUCUCCACAUUGAGAAUGAGGAUGAUGCCUUGUACCAAUAACAUGUCACCCGUUCAUUGAGAUAUCAAUGGAGAUCACACUCCCCCAUAAAGGAAAAUGAAGUACAGGUCCUCCCCAGAGAACAAAUAUUUGGGGAACUAGGGGUAAGGAUUUCUGGGCUGCAGAGAUAAUUUCCAAAUUUGGUUUGAAGCCACAUUUCUGGCUGGGUUACAAACAGUUAUAAGGGCAGGAACCUGCCCAUGAAUCUGUGAAAGACCAGUACUGACUUCACCUAUAUGCUCCACAUUGGUUACAACCAUUAUCCCACAAGUAAUCCCUGUAUGAAUUUCUUUUAAACCUAUUGAUUGUAAUGUAGAGAUGAAUGUAUUUCUUUUCUGAAGCUUUUUCUCCCCUCCCACCCCCAUCUCUCCGCCAUUAAACAUCCCCUUUAGGUUUGAUGCCAUCCAAUGAUGGGGGGAAGAUGGGGAUUGGUUCUGUAUUUGUUAUCUGUGUACCUGUGUGUGUUAGGUUCAGGCUGCUGCUGCUCAGAAAAUGUUGCUGGACCUCCUUGGCUUUUGCACAAGCUAAUGUAACUGGGCGUAUAUACACUUGCACUUCACACAUUUUUACACCACAGAGACUUGCCCACCCCUCAUGUCCACUGUGCAACUGUGGCCGAUGCACUCUGGUAAUAAAUGAAGACUGAAUUGAUGCACUUUGAUGGGGGGGGGGGGGGGGGGGGGGGGGCUUUGCUGUUCCACCAUCUCUGCCUGAAUUUGUGCAUCUUGUGCUGCUUUGUUCCUGUACGCAUCCACCACAAGAAACUGAAUUCAAUUUCAAUUGUAACUAUCGAUUUAUUUCUCCUCUCUUGAUGUUACUGACAGGACAAGUAUCCAUUGACUUAUGACUAUUCAGUGCAUGGACCCAAAAGAGACAUGGAUAUGAAAGCAAAAGUUUGUCAAAAGUUUAUUUUUCACUAUAACCAAUAACAUGCCAUCCUGUCUAACGUACCAAUAAUUUCCACCCAAUUUAAAUUUAUGAAAUUUCACUCAUUGAACAUACGAUACGUGAGCUGGCCAUUCACCCGUUGUGUCUUUCAGUAGCAUAACUGAUCUUUCACGUUGUUGCCACUUUCUUGCCCUAACCCACACUCCUUGAUGUCUGAUAAUAUUAACAAUAAAUCUCUGGACAAUUUCUGUUCUGUCAGCUCAACUGUGGCAUGGUGCCGCAGACAUAGAGUUGCUGCCUUACAGCACCGCAGUCCCAGGUUCGAUCCUGACAAUGUGUGCUGUCUGUGGUUUGCUGAUCGGCAAGGACUUGGUGGGCUCAAGGGCCUUGUUACUCUACUGUUUCCACACUGUAUCUCGGAAACUAAAUCUGAGCCAGCUCACUUAACAUUCAUAGGCAACUUGAUUGAAAAAUCAACAAAGCUUCUGUUAUGUGUAGGAAGGAACUGCAGAUGCUGGUUUAAACCGAAGAUAGACACAAAAAGCUGGAGUAACUCAGCGGGACAGGCAGCAGCUCUGAAAAGAAGGAACGGUUGACUCUUCAGAUCAAGAACCUUCUUGAGACCACCUGAAGAAGAGUCUCGACCUGAAACGUCACCCAAAGCUUCUGUUAACUUAUCUUUUGUCUUAAAAACAAAAUGAAUGCCUGUUCUUGAGCAUGGAGGUAUUUGUCUGCGAUGACCCCUCGCCCUCUGUUUCUCUCCCCCCUCUCUCCCCCCUCCCCCGACCCACCAUCUUACUGAGUGUGGUUGCUCUGGAGAAUGGGACCUGUGGGUGAGGCAGGGUGAGUUCCAACUUGAGUUGGCCAAGCAAGCAGCAGCCACUGUGAGAAAAUUUGUUGCUGGUACAUCAGACUCUUCUCCAUCCGUACCUGCAUGUAACUUUCUCCUUACCUUUGUUCAGGUGGCCAUUGACCUUAUGUCAUGACCCAAGGGUGAACAGAAGUACUUUCCAAUCAUUGACGUAUCUCGAAAUCCAGCCACUAAUUAAAAUAGGAACCGUGAUCACAUUAACAUUGAGAAGGAUGGGUGAAUUUAUAACAUGGGUGAAAAGGUUAUAUUUGACCCAUGAUAUUGUUCUUUGCACAGUUUACUGUGCAGGGCACUCUGCUUAAAACGUGACUAACUGAUAAAACACUUAUAAAGAUAACACUUCAAAACUACGUAAUCUAAUCUGUCAUGCCUCCAGGAUAUUGAUUUCCUGGUACAUGUCACGCUACUCAGCCUCAAUCUGUUCCAAUUCACCAAAUUGGUGCAUAGCCCCAAUAGCCCGUAAUUUAUUUCUCAAAAGUUUUUAUCUUCGUGCUAUUUUUUUCUUUGAAAUCUUCAAUCACAUUCUGUGUUUUAACCAUUCAAUAAGUCCCUAGAUCUCUAUUGCUUCAGACCUGUUCACAUUGUAUUAAUUCGUUCACUUACGUAAGAGCACAAAAUAUUUAAUUAAUGCUUUGUGUACACUUCAUCCCAUGGUGACCAUGUGAGAAAUUCCAUUUAGAUUUCCAUGGCAACCUUCAUCACACCUUUCUACAAUCUUGAACAUCAUUUUAUUAAAAAGCUGUUCAAAAAAUCAUGACGUUGAUGGACAUUAAAACAAUCGAACACAUUAACGGGAAGAUUUCAUUCAAUGAUCACGAGUCUUCCUUCUCCCGCUUUGCAAAAGGACAAAAAAAUUAUCCACUAUGGUCUCCGUUUUCUUUAACAUUAUCCUACACACACUAGUAACUUUAUAUUCAAUGUACAACUGAUAAAGAUAGACAAAAAGUGCUGGAGUAACUCAGCAAGUCAGGUAGCAUCUCUGGAGAAAAAGGAUGGGUGACAUUUUGGUUUGUGACCCUCCUUUACUCUGGCGCUUUGUGUCUGUCUAUUUUUGGUCUCAACCUGCACCUGCAGUUCCUUGUUUCUACAGUUUGCCCAGCUGAUAAAGCCAUGCAUCCCAUACAACCUUGUUACUACCCUAAACGGACACAAUAUGCUGGAGUAACUCAGCGUCUCUGGAUUGAAGGAAUGGGUGAUGUUUCAGGUUGAGACCCCACUAACUACUUCAUCAGAUACUACUCUGUCCAUUGCCUUUACCAUUUCCAGGGAGCUAUGGACUUGCAUCCCUAAAUCUCUCUACCCAUCAAUGUUCCUUAAGGCCCUGCCAUUUACUGUCUGCUCUGGGAGUCAUGGGUGAAGUCUUCCAUUACAAUGCUCCCCCCCCCCCCACACCCUCUCCAAUCAGUAAGGGUUUAAAUCAUUUUUCAAACAAUGUGGAUUAUGAAAUUCCUCCACUGUUGUCCAAUAUUUGCUUGAGCGAUGACGUGGAUGGGCAAGUUCACCUUGUUCAGCUCCAUUGUGUCUUCUGGGCACCUGGCAUUAGUGAUUGGAAUUAUCGCAGUUCCCUGUUUGUUUACUUUUGCUGCCUAGGUACCAUGUCUGCACUAUCUGAUCCUCCUGUCUGGUAAAGUCAACGUUUUGUUUAAAAACCUAAAUAUGCUUUUGUUUUAUACACUGAUUUUUCAGAGCGUACUUACUGGCAUCUUUGGUCCUACCUACCACUAAAAUGACAACCCCACCUGCCCCCUCUCCACUAAAAUGACAUUCCCCCCACCCCCACCCACCACAAUUCACCAACUUUGUUGAUCACUCCAUUAGCACAGUAGGCAAUCUCUCAAGUCACUGACUACAACCUCCUGGUUUCACAUUUCAGCAAGAGUGUUUAAAUCGGCUGGUGGGAAUCCAUGUUAAUAGAGUGAUAAUCUAAUUGAGAGUUGGUACUUAAUGCUUUGAAGGUCCAAUGCAGCAUUGCAAUUGAUUUCAGUUGAAUGUCAUCUGUGCCAUCAUUGAUUGAAUCUGAAGUUUAUCUUGUAGCACCUUAUAAGUUUCUGGGAAAAAUAUACCUCUGUUUAUCUUGCCCAGUAUAAUUCUCAGUGUUUAAUUACUUAAUGAGAAAUAAAUUUUGAAUUGUA